AACACGCCCAAAUUAUGUUUCUCGGUAAGAAUCGGCAUUCUUGCAUCAGGAUUGACCACGACCGAUUCCAAUCCGAUUCCCGGCCUUUGAAACGGUGGCGCAUAGGCAUAUGUGAGCGCCAUUCUCUCAGGCCUCAGCCCUCUGUGGUCUGUGGGAAGAGCGGAAGAGGAAAAAGGAAACGUCAGCAAGGAGCUCGUGAAUUUUUUUCUUCACACUCCAAAAGGGCUUUCGUCACACCAGUGGAUUGGUGAGCUGUAGAGAAGAUGACGAUAGACGACGAGAAUUCGAUCUAUGUGGGCGGACUACCCUACGAUUCUACCGAGGAAACCCUUCGCGAGGCCUUCCAUUAUUAUGGCGCCGUCGUUGCCGUUAAGUUAAUUAACGAUCGUGAAGUUGGUGGGAAAAGCUACGGAUUUGUCACUUUUACAAAUCCCAAGUCUGCAGAUAAUGCCAUCCUUGAAAUGAAUGGCAGGACCAUUGGUGGUCGGGUUGUAAGAGUAAAUGAAGCGAGGACCCGAGGUCGAAGACCACAUUUUCAUAGGGAGAAUUUCUAUCGGGAUUCUGAGAGAUAUGUGGAGCGGGAUAGGGGCAGAGAUCAAGAAAGGAACUAUUAUCAUGACAGGGGCCGCUAUCGUGAUCGAAACAAUGAUAGGUCUCGAGAGCGGGAUUGGGAGUGGGAAAGGGAAUAUGAACGUUCACAUGAUCAUGAUCAUGAUCAAACAAGAGACCGUUUCUUGGAUCGAGAUCGAGACCAAGAUCAAGACCAAGACAUGGAAGACAAUGAAGAAGGACUUAACCGGAAUCAUGAACAGGAUUGGAGUAGGGACCAUGAUAAGGAUGUGGAUAGUAAUGAUCAUGAUAAAAGCAAGGGCAGGGUUAAGGACCAGCGGUCAAGGAUUCGGAACCGUUCCCCUUUCAAUGAUAAGCAUAGUAGGGAGCAAUCUUCAAACUCCAGCGUUGAUUAUGAUGAUCAGGUAGAGGAACAGUUGGAGAUAUCAUAUCAAAUGCAUGAGGAGCUCCAAAAGGAGAUUAUACAAAUUGAAGAGAAAUCAAAAGAGAAAGAACAGAUGGUGUCAGAUUUGCGGAAGAAAUCUGUGAAACUGGAGGAUGCCCUGGCCACUGCAAAGAAGCUAUCUUCACACAGACAGAUGCAGUUGACCAAGUUGCAGAGAUGUGUUCUGCAAGUAAAAGAUUACACUGAGAAGCUAAAAGCUGGUGAACAGGAACUCCAGAGAAUAUGAAGCAUAUAUGAAAACCAAGAAAGUUCAACUCACCUGCAGAGGUCGUGGAGCUAACAAAGAACCUGUGGCUCCAAGGGCUGCGGAUCAAAAUUUUUGGUGGUCCAAUAUGAUGGUACUUGGGAAGGGCGGUUGAGCUUGCCAUUUUGUUUACUAUAGUUACAGGUUUUUUUUUUUCCCUUUCUGCUUACAGGGCUUCUCUUCUGAGUGACUGGAGAUUGUAGAUAACAGAUAGGGCCUUUUAAUCUCUUCAGGUGCAAUAUAUAUAAAGGAGGUGGAAAGUGCUCAUGGGGUGUGGCGGGAAUACUGAGAGGGAAGGGGUGGGGAGGUUACCUGUUCCGCUUUUUCUUCUUCGGUAGAAAAUUAAUAGGUAUAUAGAGGUAGUUGCAAGGUUAGAGUUAAAUGAUAUGUUUGCCCCAGUUGCAAACAUGUGCUCAUUAAACAGUAAGCACAAAAUAGGUUUGAAGUGAUUUCAGUGGAAUAUGUGAAAUAUUUUUCCAGCUAUUUCACUAUUUCAGAUGAAGCUGUUUUCAAUUUAUCAUAAAUAAGUUGAAAAAUCCAUACCAAAUUAUCCUAAUUUCAAUUUAUGACCCCAUGAAAUCAUACCAAAGAGAGCCUAAGUUACCCAUCCAGGGCUAUAUAUGGGAUACAUUCUAGUUAUAUAAAGUUUACCAUAACAAAUUCAUGUCUAAUCAAUUAAUAUUGAGAUGAGCUUAGUCCACAACAUAUAAAGAUAUUCUUGAUGAACUUCGUUCACUAGUGGUUGGAAUAUGUCAAAGGCUGAUGUUCAAUCAAAGAGUAGUGGUUCCACAUAACAAAUUCUGAUCUAGAACCCACACCUUUUUUUCUUUAUUUCAACCUGAAUCAGUAAUACCAGAAUUAGAUUCCCAAUUGUUGACGUAAAAAAGGAUCAUGUGAAAAAGUAUUAAACAAAUUGGGAAAUGGGUAAAAAUGGAGUUCCAUGUUGGACCAUAUUGUCGACAUUUGACUAAUAAUUCAUUCAGGCAUGUAUAGGUUAGUUAUGCAUUGUGAGAGUAGAAUCGUCAUCUUUUUCAUUGUGUUUUUAGGAACUACACCAAUAAAAUAUUUGCUGCUCUAUUUAAAAAAGAGGAAAAAAGAUUAGAUAAUUUAAUAUGCAUGCAUGGACAUAUUCAUAUCAACUACUAUGCUGUCAUUUGAUCA